UCUGCUGACACUCCAGUAAUCCGCUGUUAGGAGGAGAUUGCAUCCCAGUCCGCUGCGCGCAGGCUGUCAGCGAGGGAGAACUAAAGCCCGGGGAAAUAUGUACAGCGGGAAAAUGGGAGAAUAAGGACACAUACUGGGAGCAUCAAAGACCCAAAUGGAGCCAGUAAAGACAGGCAUUCUGGGAUGGGGCAGUUUCAGACUACGAGCCGUCUAACAUCCAAGGCGACAACGGGACUGGUGCGAUGAUGUCUCCUAAUAUAAAAAAAAAAAACAAGGCUCAACAUCUACAGCCACAACGCUGGAAAUAUGAGACGAACGCAGGCGGAAAAUGGUGAAAAUUGCGAUUGAGUGCUCCUUCCUGGAUGAGACCACCUCGGCUAUUUCCACGUUUCCCAAACCUGUGUGUCGCCUUCUGCACGGUACUCUCCCCGGCCUCUGUACCGCUGUGCGGAAACGGACACAUACCACCUUUUUCUAAUGCUUUCAGUGCUGUUUAAUAGGCUAAAUUAAAAGCCCAUAUGCGCGCUCGUUGUCAGUGAUUAAUGAGCAUGUAACAUUCACUGAACCCGGAAAGCCAAAACUAUAGAUUUAAGGUCAUGUGAUCCCUGCGUUGGUGCCAUGAUAAUCAGCUAAUACGAAAUGUAAUUCAAAGCUAUAACUAACCACGGAAUAUAGCUGUAACUUUAACCUCAGGCGUUUACAAGCUAUCGAUACUCGUCAACAUGCAUGCAGAUGCGGUUUCUCCUCUCUGACCGAUUCGCUGUCAUGAUACUUGUUUCCUUCAGCUGUUUCGCCUGUAGAGACUUGCUAUGACAGGCUGGCAAGUCCGCAUAAAUCCAAGCGCACGUUGAUGGACUAGACUGGGUGUCCUCGGCGGUGGGAUCAGACAGAAAUUAAGCUAGCUGUCUCAAACAGCGGAAACUGGGAUCAUCUCCCGUCCUUGCAUUGGCAGAGCACUGCAGCCUGAAACGGACAAUCCCAGUCGGGUAUUUUGUCGGAUAUAACACAGGACUUGAAGCUGAGCUGUAAACAUUUUCAUGCUGUGGCAACAGUUGAAGUUUAAAAAACAAUUCCUCUUCAAUCUCUACCCACAAAGACCUUAAAUUCUUUUUUUUUUCCCUUUUUUUUUAUUAUUUUUUUUUUUAAAUUUUGAAUUCCAAAAUUCUGCAAUUACCAGAAAAGGCCUCAUCUCUGAAAAAAAGCCCUCCCCAAGGGUUUCAAACAUGAGGUUUUAUCCAGUGGGAGAAAUGCAGCAAGGGUGUUUUACUGGUAAACCUCCACAGCAGCUGUUAGUCAGACUGGAUGUCUGAAAGAUGAGACCUGGAUAUAAGCAUUCUUGUAGGUUUGCCAACACCCUUCUGAGGAAAUGCGGUACAUUGAUUUUCUCAAUUGCCCACAUUGUAAAUAACUCUGAAUAUAUUUUGUGUGACUUUUAUUCCAGCAAGUUCUGUGCUGCUAUUGAUCAGUAUUGGCUGUCUUUAUGGACUUUGAUGUUAUUGUGAUACCCUGGGUGGGCCCCCCUCCACUUCUUGAACCUUAAGUUUUAGUUUUAGUUGGUGUACUGAAUGGCUGCUGAGAUGCUGAAAGACAGUGAACACAUUUACGUCUGCACAUACCUUUCCCUGCUUUUGCUGAGCUUCUGAGCAUGUGCAAAGGAAAAAGGAACCAAGCAUGAGACUGCACAGACUGGGGAGAUGUGUCAGAGGGAACGCCGGAGGAAUUAUGAGUGGCACUGUGGGAGACAUGGUGCAGAGUGCUACAAGCUUAAAGUCUACAAGAGACAGAAUCCUGAUCCUUUGUCGUGAGAAAUUUGUAUUUUCUCCUCUCUGAGAGCAACUGCUGAAUUGGAAUCAGCGCUCCACACAUUUAAUUACUAUUUGAAUUGACAACUUCUUCCCCCAUGCGCUGUAGGAAAUCCACACUGAUCCCCAUACUCAGCCACCUGCAAGUUACACUCAUAUUUUGAGUACCCUUAUCUUCGAUUCCCUGUUGCUGUGUUUUUUAUUUGUUUUUACUCUAAUGCCCUCAGAGUUCUUUUGUGGGGGGAAACUUGUUAACAGGAAGUUUACUGCAAAUAGAAACCCAUGAUAAGGCUUGCAAGUAUAGUCCAAACAACCCCUUUAGUACCUUCCCAAUCAGUGUGUCUCAGUGAAUACAACUGUGGAUCCCUUGUUAACAUUUGUGCUCUAGGGACAAACAAAACAAACAGAUCUCUCUGUCAGAGUGCAUUCAGGGACUAAUUUCCUAUCGCUGUGGCGAUGGGGAGCUCAGCCUCGUCUCUCGCUGCAGAGACUGAGUCGGACCAUGGCUUCCGUAGCGCCCCGUACCCAUCGUCACCCCCUGUGGGCUGGCUCAGGAACAGCCACAGCAGCCCGGUGUGGGGCACGACCUUCAUCACACGUCAGCAGCAGCACCCGCUGCCUCAUCGAGAGCGCAGCCACUCUCACUCUCCUGGCUCCAUGGCAGCAGCAGUGCAAGGCAGUGAGUGGUCAUGUGGACGCUGCACCUUCUUAAAUGCCGGUGCAGCACCUCGCUGUUCUAUUUGUGAGGCACCGCGCCAGAAACCUGACCUUAACCAGAUCCUGAGGCUGAGCAGCACUGAGGAGCACCGCUGGGCCUGCCCGCGCUGUACCCUCAACAAUCCCCAGGGAUCUGCAGCCUGUUCUGUCUGCGGCUUUGGACCAUCCCCUGCCACUCACACACCCCCUACCACCACCAUAGCCGCCACUGCCAACGGCCUCCCGUCUGCUCCAGCUGAGCCUGCAACACCCACCCUCACCCCCACAGUUCUGCUUGAGCUCCAUGGACAGCAUCCAGCUAAGGAGGAAGUGCUACGACGGUCUGAGAGCAACGGAGAGGUGGGCAGCCUUGAGGGGCAGCACUCGGGCUGGGCUUGCCCUCGCUGCACACUCCACAACACACCUGUAGCUCUGUCGUGCUCAGCGUGUGGUGGGCCUAGGAAACUGUCUUUGCCUAAAAUCCCCCCUGAGGCACUUGUGGUGCCUGAGGUGCGCACACCUGUGCUGGGAUUUCCUGUUCACACAGCAGGGGCUGCCCCAUUACUCAUAGACCUAACAGAUGACUCUCCCCCAGCCCCUCCCUGUGAUCCUCAAGAACCCCCCCAUGUCUCCUCACAGUCUCUCUCCUCCCCUUUUACUUCUUUCUCUUCCCUCCAGAACAACCCUGUGCCCCGCAGCAGGAGAGAGGUGCCCCCUCCAGGGCGCCCACCAAACGCAGGCACCAACACUCCCAGUCCCACUUCACCUUCAACGGCCAGUGUGCCACCCCAGCCAGGCCCACAGCGGCCGGCCAAGCCCAAACAUGCCCAACCCCAGGAACCUUCAUACCCCAGCAAGCGCCUCAGUAUCUUGGAGGAAGAAGACCCUCAGAACCACCCACUGACCCCCCACCACCCUGUUGCUUCUUCAGCUACCCCUACCUGGAAGUGCCCUAGCUGCUCAUUGCCCAACCCAGGUAGCUCAUCUAAGUGCGAGGCCUGCCGAUCAUCGCGGGUCGGUGCGGAUCUCAUUGAUCUUGUAGGCUGUGAAACGGUACGAUUCACCCCGGCCAGCCCCUCCAGCCCAGACUUUAGCACCUGGGCCUGCUCCAAGUGCACCCUUCGCAACCCCACAGGUGCAUCUAAGUGCUCAGCCUGUGGCUCUUCCAAGCUGCAUGGCUUUCAGGAGCAGCAGGUGCCCGUGACCCGCUGUUGUACACAUUGUGGGCUCCCGUCGGGGUCUGGUAAUGCAUCAUGCUCCUGUCCACCUUCCUCUUCUUCAUCCUCCUCGGGUUAUAAAACACGGAAACAGACCCGGGGCUUCCCUUCCUCCUCCACUGCUAUUACUUCUUCCAAUUCCUCUUCCUCCACCACAUCGAGCCUUCAAGAGAAGGUAGGACAGUGGAGCUGCCCAGCAUGUACACUGCUCAAUGACAUCAAGGCCAAGAACUGUGCAGCGUGCCACACGCCCCAGCAGUACCUCACCCUUCGCAAAGUGGUGAAGCCUCUGAAGAGGAGGGAGAGCAUGCAUGUAGAGGCCCGUCGACGAAAUGAUGAGGGUGAGGCCAAGGAGCUUUGGGAGAACAUUGUCAGCUUCUGCAGAGAGAACGCUGUGAACUUUGUGGAUGACAGUUUCCCCCCGGGACCUCGCUCCGUGGGCUUCCCAGAGGGCGACAGCGUCCAGCAGCGUAUCAAAAAGUGGCUGCGCCCCCAUGAGAUCAACUGCAGCAACUUCAAAGACCGAGGCGUCAAGUGGUCCGUCUUCCGCACGCCCCGGCCCUCUGACAUCCUACAAGGCCUACUGGGAAACUGCUGGUUUCUGAGUGCUCUGGCAGUGCUUGCCGAGCGUCCAGAGCUGGUGGAGAGGGUGAUGAUCACCAGGACCAUCUGCCCAGAGGGUGCCUACCAGGUUCGGUUGUGUAAAGACGGGACAUGGACGACGGUGCUGGUGGACGACAUGCUGCCCUGCGAUGAUUAUGGCUACCUGCUCUUCUCCCAGGCCCAGAGGAAGCAGCUAUGGGUGGCGCUGAUUGAGAAGGCCCUGGCCAAACUCCAUGGCUCCUACUUUGCCCUGCAGGCAGGGCGCGCGAUCGAGGGCCUGGCCACACUGACGGGGGCUCCCUGUGACUCCCUCAUGCUCCAGGUUAGCUCCACCAACCCCCGGGAGGAACCAAUCGAUACAGACCUCAUCUGGGCCAAGAUGCUCAGCUCCAAGGAGGCCGGGUUUCUGAUGGGUGCAUCUUGUGGAGGAGGCAACAUGAAGGUAGACGAUCUUGUCUAUGAGUCUUUGGGUCUGCGGCCUCGACAUGCAUAUUCCAUCUUGGACGUGCGAGAUGUCCAGGGUUACAGGUUGUUGCGGCUGCGUAACCCGUGGGGUCGCUUCUCGUGGAACGGCAGCUGGUCAGACGAGUGGACCGACUGGCCACAGCACCUGCGUCAUGAGCUGAUGGCUCAUGGCAGCAGUGAGGGGGUCUUCUGGAUGGAGUACACCGACUUCAUAAAGUACUUUGACUCGGUGGACAUCUGUAAGAUCCACUCGGACUGGCAGGAGGUGAGGCUACAGGGCUGCUUCCCCAGCAAGGCCAGCGGGCCGGUCACUGUCACAGCCCUCACUGUACUGGAGAGGACGGCACUGGAGUUUGCUCUCUUCCAGGAGGGAAGCAGACGUUCAGACACAGCCGACAGCCACCUGCUGGACCUGUGCAUCAUGGUGUUUCGCGCCUCCUUUGGCAGCGGCAACAAGCUGACCCUGGGUCGCCUGUUGGCCCACAGCAAGCGCGCGGUGAAGAAGUUUGUUGGCUGUGAUGUGAUGCUCGAGCCGGGGGAGUAUGCUGUUGUCUGUUGCGCCUUCAACCACUGGCAGAUGAAUGUCAGUGGGACGGGAGGUCCAGCCACACCUAUCUCCAGCCCUACCAGUGGAGCAGCACGGCGGCCAUGCCAGGACUUCCCCGGCUACAUCCUCGCCAUCUAUAGCUCCCGUCAGGUGAUGGUGGAGCAGGUGGAGGCGACCGCCACCACGCUGGCCGACUCCAUCAUCCUCCUUACGGAAAACAAAGGGGAAAGACAUGAGGGCCGGGAAGGCAUGACAUGCUACUACCUGACCCACGGCUGGGCAGGGCUCAUCGUGGUGGUUGAGAACCGCCACCCCAAAUACUACCUCCACGUCUCCUGUGACUGCACUGACAGUUUCAAUGUGGUGUCCACACGCGGCAGCCUCAAGACCAUUGACAGCGUACCGCCUUUGCACAGGCAGGUGCUGGUUGUGCUUUCACAGCUUGAAGGGAACGCCGGUUUCUCAAUCACACACCGCCUGGCUCACCGCAAGGCAGCCCAGGCCUCUCUGGGAGACUGGACCCCCACUAAAGCUACCCACAGCCCGCAGCUCACCCCGGACAUUGAUGGCCUGCACCGGCCCAGGCCACUAUGACCACCGCCCACUUUAUCCCGCACUUACAAAGACUCUAAUCCAAUAAACUGUCAGACCACUGGAAAACCAGGUCAUGGUGGGCAAGUGGUGUGUGCAGCCCUAAAACAUAGAGAAAGAUUUUUGUUUGAGUCUUCUUGGAUGAACACACACCUGAAUGUAUAGCAUGAAUAGGCAGCAUUUAUGUGGUCUCCUCCUGAUGUUCCAUAAAUGCUGAAGUUUUCAUCCGGCCCUCGAGCACUCUGUCCCUCGUCAAGUGGAUGUGCCAUGUCAGGAUGAACUGAGGGAAGCAGGCCACGUGGAGUUACCAAGACGUAGUCACAAAACGAUUAUUCACCCAGGCGCCAAACAGGAUCCAGUUCAGACCAUUUAAAUUCUGGAGGUUUUUUGUACAAGCGCUGUAUGUGGAACAGAUGUCAGCCCUCAGCUUCAUAUGCUUGGAGACGACCCUGCUUUCAGUGAGCUUCACCAAAAGCCAGGGUGGAGUGCUGUAACUACUGAGCCAUUUGCCGGCCCACAACUUAUGAGCCAAUCACCUGCAACGAUCGGACAUUUCCUUCGACCCUCCAUGUCAUGCACAAAGACAGCUAACAAAGUGGGACACUUCAGGGGAGGUUUAUCUCACCCAGCCCUCAAUACAGUACUCAAUGAGCCAAACCCAACUUCUAGUUUUACUCCUACUCAUACAUGUUUUUUUUAUUUGAGGCAAUACACUUGUCAGUAUCAGUCUUACUUAUUUUAUAUAUGACCCUUGUUGCUGUCUUGUCCACAUUUGUAUUUUUGAAGUCAUAGAAGAAGCCAUCAUUCAUACAGUACUGUGUGUCUCCACUCCAUCACCGCCGCAGUGCUGUCUAGCGCUCUCUAGCUCAGGACCAAACUCAUGAUUUGUAUAGUAAGCCGGAGUCAAGCAAAACCUCAAGAUGAUUCAGUGACAGGUGUAGCUGGAAUAGCAUCUUUCUGUAUCUCUGUUGUUCGUAAACACUUACUUGCCAGGCUGUGGUGUGGAAGGCAUUGUUGUGAUUGGGAGGUUUCAUCUUGUCAAGUACUGGCACAUAAUAGAAUUCCCACUCAAUAACGUUUUGAUAGACCAACAUACAAUGUUGGCUUUUUCCCCUAGAGAGUAACAACCACUGUACCUCUUUUUUUUUUUUUUUGUUCUCUGUCUUUCUUUCUUUAAUUCAUUUUCACUCUUUCAGUUUGGGGCCUAAACCCUGGAGGUUAGACAUCACAUGACCAGCUUUGUAGUUUACUCCUCAGGCAUGCUGCCUUUUCUCAUCCAGUUCAGCAGUCAGUUUAUGUCUGAACGCACUAGACAUUAUAUACAGAGUAAAUUGAUGCUGCAUCUUGCACUCUUGGAUUGUGAUACCCCAAAUUUUGUGUCAGAUCCUUUUUGGUACAGAAGGUCGGUGAGUAUUGGUCUAUUUCUCACACUUGAGCAGUUUGCCAGUAUGUCAAUUUACAUUGUAGUGUACUUAGGGAGUACUACAGGAGCUAGUGGCUGUUUGAACAGUAACUUUGCCAUAGGAGAGCUCUUAAGAGGAGCUGCCGAGUUUACUCUGGGAGGUCAGGGACCACUUUUGUUUGCAUGGGUGCAGCGCAACCAUCUGGUCCAUCCUCCCACAAGGAUACGCUGACAGCACAUUAGCGACAUAGCACAUAGUCCUCGUGUAAUAACAAAUUACCAUUUUGUCAGACUUUCGUGCACACGUAACGAGAGAGAAAAGGGACCCCUGAGACAUGUUGUGACACAGAAAAUAAGUUUAGCUCUCUCCGAGUUUCGGCUGCUUUGUUUCAAAGGAUGGGUUGCCCACAGCUGUUUCACACAGGUCCUCUUUUAGGGCCCCACCCACUUGUUCUUUCCGCUUUCUCCACUGUCAAAGCCAUUACUUCUCUUUCACCAAGGAUCUUUAGUCCUCACCAUGGCAACAUAGAUGUUUUACUGGAGAGGGGUAGACUAAUGCGGUACUAUAGUAACAGGUUGAAGUGGGAGACCUUUUUUCCAAGUCAAAGUUGAUGUCUAACUAUUAUGUAGUGGAAAAACUUGAAAGCUGAUAAGCAAAAUCCCUGGGAGGACUCAUACAAUGAAUGAUUGUUUGGUAGAAAAAAAGUAUUUUUUAUGUCAAGAAGAUUUUGAGUCGGAAUAUUGAAGUUCCUCCAUGAGAUGAUUCACCUCAGGACUCAGUGACCUUGAGUGAAACAAGUGCUGAAACAUGCAUCAUCUCAUGAGUGUCGUCCUUUUUGUUGGUGUCGUCAGCAUUGAUGAUCAUUGACAGCACUGUGUCCCGGUGCUUGCAGUCUCUGCACAACCACGUUGACCAGCGCCGGUAGGCUGUGCUUCAUGCCAUCUCCAGGACAAUUUGUAAGAAAACUACCACAGCAGUGUAAUGUUUCUUUGAAGAAAACUGAAGCUGAAGUAACUGUAAAUACGUUUUCCAAAGAAACAUUAAAGUGUAAUGACCACUUUCAGAUAUGUUUGCCCUAUGAGUAUGUGUGCCUGUGUGCGUCAUCGCAGCCAAGCAGCUGUGAAUAUAGUGUCUAAUUUAUUUGUAUAAGUGGUUUGCAGGCCUGAUGUCUAAUGAAUAUUGUGGAUUACUGAGUUGAUGACUGACAGAUAUAGGAAUGUGAUCAUUUAAGGCUUUAGUUUGAGCCCAGAGGGAUUAGCUUGACAAGAAAUGAACCUGCACUGAAACACCUGCAAAGACAAGGCACCUCAAAAUUCAGUGUCACUGCUGGAUCACUUUACAUUGACAUGAGAUUGAUUUUUCUUUUAUAUACUUGUUUUUGUCAUCAUUGUCAUUUUGGCUCUUGCUUGUGUCCUAUGAAUCCACUCCUCAUCUGUUAAGUUGUGGUGGGGACUCUUGUGCUUCAGGGGCACCCUCUGCUGCUGAAGAGGCUGCAGCAAGGGAAAAAACUGGUCCUUGACAGAGCAGACUACACAACGCCUUUUAUCUCUUCUCCUUUGUCUGGUUUCCUCCCUGUAAAUUGUACAGACUGCAAACACAAACGACACAAAAGAUAAAAAAUGGGGGGAAAAAAAAAUUCAACUGACCCUUUUAAACUUGUAAAAAAAAAAAUGAAAUUAUGAUAGAAACAAAAAAAUGUUAUGCUGAAAAAAUGGAUCUGUGAUGAAUGUGAGAUAUAUUUUAUUGAUCUUUUCUGGGGGAGGGAUAUGAGUAUAUGUGUACAAACAUACAUAUGUUUAAUUUUCAAUCUCAGGUUCCGAUGGACCAAAUAAAUUUUUUUAAAGUAAAA